AUAUGUAGUUGAACGACUUCCCCACUUUUUCCUCCGCCAUAAGUGAAAAUCCAGUGUUAAAUCGUCAAAAUAGUUUGUUACAAAAAAUGAUUGAAAAGGAAGAACAGAAUGAUGAAUCUGAUAAAAAAAAUAUAGAAUUAGACUUUUCGACGUCGGAGAAACAAGAAGCGCGUGCAUUCUUACGAGAACGUUUUCUACGUGUGAUAACUGGUAUCGUCGGGAAAAAGACAAAAUUUAGUUUAUAUGAAAAUUCACACGUCGUUGGUGAAUUCCGUGGCUCCGACAUUGACUGCCUGGAAUUAUUUGUGAGAAAUUUGGAGACACCGCUUGGAAUAAUCCCAGAAGCUAUACUCAGAGUGAACGACAUAAUCUCCAUGAACGUUGAUGACAUCAUAAGCAAUCAAUAAGAAAAUUAUUCUAAGAGUAGAUUCUCUUCCAGCAAGGCAUUACGACGACGUUCUCAAUCUUCUCUAAUCUCUAGAAGACAUUGAAAAGAUUACUAUAUUCUGUCAAAGUAAUUUCGAAUGAUAUCCAAUUAAUUGUGCUACAACAU